AUGUUGCAGCCAAAAGUGACCAGCUGGCCGUAUGCCGCGAUGAAUGCGGCGAUUUCUUCGUCCCAGAGGAUAGGCUUCUAUGCGCCUUCUAUGACUCCGAAGAUGGGACAACUGCCAGCCAAUCCGUCUAGCUUUCGUGCUGCCUCGAUCUCACGACAUGUCCCAGCAACUUACGAACUGGUGCCCCCAGGUUGUCCAUAUCCCUACGGCCGCCACCCGUUCAGCAUUGAUCAUGCAAUCAAUUACGAGGAUGAGCCCACGGAUACAUACAGUAUUCCCCAGACUUCGGGAUACUUGAUCCCCAACACGCCCCCAACUGUUCUAGCAGACGACUACUGUGAAGCCCCAUGGAACCCCAAGACGUGGAGCUCCGGCGGUGCCAGCACCCACCGGCCCCCGAAUCAUCAUGUCUUGUUCUCGACUCCAAAUUCCGAAGGCUGCGUGCACCCGCCAGCUUGCCCAUACCUGUUCCCGGGACUAGGAACUUCCUCGUCGACUGACUCAUCAUCAAUGGCACCCCCGAUGGCGCCUUUUUCACCCGAAGGCCAGGUAGCCGACCGAAUUCUUCCCAACCCUACCGGUCGUUAUCACAUUGGCUUUCCGAGUCUACCGACCUCGCCGGAAGCUGUUUCGGGUUUAUCUCUCCCCCCAGACUACAGGAUAUCCAACCCCUGGAACAGCUACAGAGGCGCUACUGCAACACCUGACAGUGCUACUCGGGUCCCCGGACUCCCGAGCUCGAACGGAGGCUCUAUGGGGUCCAGUCCCCUGAGCCGGACGAAGCCAUUCCCUCCGGGCACACACGAGCCGGUAUUGGGUUUCUUGCCAUUGACUACGGCAGGGACGCCAUCACCGUUGCUAUCAUCCAGCGGGACAUUUACCACUACAGCCCUGGAUCCAUCUGAGUCGGGAGAUGAAAUCCGCAGCAACGACAGUCGAUUCACGAGGGCCCUUUCUCGCGAGAAUAGCCGCCUGUUGUCUAUCGGGGAGGGUGGCUCCGAUACCUACCGGUAUAUCACCAGCGAGAAGAUAAGUAAGAAAUGCUCCGAGGCGGGUGAUUCUAGCCGGCCUGGGACCUUGGUGAAUGGACUCCCCUACACGCGGCCCAAGCCAUCGGACUGCGAAGUUUCAUUGCCGUACGGUGCCCUCUGCACGGGUACAUCCACCGAGGUGCACCGUCCGCCAGUCCCCGCUCUGAGUAACCCGGGGGGAUUCUGA